AUGAGAGGACCAGAAGUGGUUUUGUUUGUGAGUGUGAUCUUCGAGCUUGGGAUGGGGAUAAGUUCUACCCGAAAGGCAUUUGGUAGAGAAAGCACGGCACAGAACAUAUUUUUGCGACGCGAGGGAGAGCGGCAAUACGUUAUCAAAGAGAAAUCGAGUGAAGUCGAUGAUGGAGAGUUUUUGCUACUACGUCCAAACUAUUUAGCGUCGGAACCAGAGAACAUACCCGCUGGAAUGACAAACGUGAAGCAUCCUGGCAGAUUCUUAACUGCUGCUGUUGGGGAUGGAAUCUCGGACGACACGUCUGCCAUUCAGGCCAUCGUUAAUCACGCUGCAAGUUCCAAAAAUAAUAAGGUAUUCUUCCCUCGAGGUGAAUACCUAGUAAGCAGUAAUAUCGCCAUCCCUGGCCCGGUGGAACUUCACGGAACACAGAGCGGUAUCGCAGUUAUCAAGUCCUCGACUCCUUAUGUUUUUCAAGUUUACAAUGCUUCACCAGUGAAAUCGGUUUCAUUGAAUAAUGUGUACUUCGACGGAAUUCGUGUGAAUUUUGACGGUGGAGUCAAUCGAGAAGUCCCUGGACCAACAGCUAUGAGUAACGUUACCAUAAACAGCUGUGUAUUCUUUUCAUCCGGAAGGCCAACUCCGAGAAACGCUGAGAGGGAGCAGUUGGAAAUGAUGGACCUUAGAAACAGUAAUGUGUACAGAAACAUCUUUUUGCGCGAUUCUAAUGCGUAUGGAGUUGCUUCAAAAUUUACCUUCACUGUGGGUGUAGAGGUGAGAGAAAACAUAUGUGGGCUGGAUUUAGGCAAGAUAGGCUGGUUAGCCACCAAAGUUGAGCCAGCAUGGUACUGGCGAGAUCAAAAACAAAAAUUAGAAUUCCUUAUGACUCAUUACAAUCUGGAAUCUGAUCAAGGCUUCUUUCAAAGUUGUUGUUAUGAAGAGUGCGACGAAAGGAUGAGAAUCGUGAAAAAUAUCUUCAACGGAAGCCCAAACACAGGUCGUUUCCGAGACCACGUGAUGUACCUCAAAGGCUUCAAUAUGAUGGAAGUUGUAAGUAAUUACGUCAGAGGCUGGCCAGCGGAUUAUUCAGGGGGCAUUAAAGCUCGAAAUGGAAAAAAUCUAUUGGUUGCCCGUAAUUACCUCGACGACACAGGUAUUUUUUUGUAUACUCACAGAACAAUCAAUCCAUGUCUCUUUAAUGGUUUGAAGAACGUUGUCAUCUACAGAAAUCACAUCGUGCAACGAACCAAUCCUGGUCAUCUCACAAGUGGUAUCUAUUAUUACGAGCCCCAUGAUAUUGGGAUAGAUUGGAACAUCACUUACUCCGCUAAUGUAUUUGAGAUCGUUGGAGUAAGCGACCCCACUAAUUACAUAUGUAUCUGGCUGACCAAUGGCGAUCUUUCUCAACAUCACGUGCUCCAAGACAACGUCUAUUAUGGUACCAAAAUGCCUGUGAAGCUGUAUGCUGACGACAGUACUCCAUUGCAUGAAACAGAGAAAAACAACGAUAGUAUUACAAAUUGGUACAACUAUCCACUGUACAAGCUAAACAUUCCCCCUUAUUAG